AUGUCGAAGUUUGUUUGUUUCCGUACCCCUGGCCUUCCAAAUAAUGUGUACGAUGCGGAUAUUAUUAAAGAAAAAACCAUUCAGCAGCUUUCUGUCAUUAAUAAUGCUGAAGGAAAGGUUCUUUUUGUCAAGACACCACGAUUUAUCAAAAGAAUACCCGAUGACUGCAAUAUUUUGGACGAAUAUCCAGAUAUUGUACUUGAUAAGCGACCUGAUAUUUAUAAUGAUGUCCCCAACAUGCUUACAUUUCUCGAUAAAUCUGAGUCUGAUUUCCUUAGUAUCAAAAUCACUCCAAUUAUAGAAAAUCCUCAUAUUCCACCUUAUUAUGCUAAAAUCAAUAUAGCCACAAUUGAACAAAUGAAUACUGCAGAAUUAAUGGAAACUAUUACAAAUCAGCUUGGACUUCCAAUACAAAACCCAUCACUUAUGUUUGGAGAAGAAGAAGUAGAUGAGAAUGAAAGCGCAUCCAGAGUGGUCGGAAAAGCGCAAGUCGAAGAUUUACUCCUUAAAUUCGAUAUUACUGAAGAACUCACUAAUAAGACUAAGAAAAGAGUGAACAUCGAAAAGGAAAUUAUAUAUACAGAAGAAACUUAUAUCAAAGAUUUGACAACAAUUGUCGAAUUUUGGCAGCCAAACUGUGCAAACGUAAUCAAAAUGGAUCCCCUUGAUAUGGACCAGAUAUUCAAGAAUAUCGGGCCAAUAUUAAAUUGCCAUAAGUUAUUUUUAGAAGAACUCAAAGCGAAUGGAUCGAAUUACGAAGCUUGUUUUGCAGGAACAUUCCUUAAAUUUUCUCAGAUAUUCAAAUUCAGCCAAAUGUACAUCUCAAAUUACCAAACAAUUCAACAAAUUGUAAGUGGAUAUGAAUCCAAGGCAAAAUUUGCAAAAUUAUUCAAGAAACUUCAAUCGGAAUGCAAUGAAAAGAAUUUCCAAUCAUACCUUAUUACUCCUGUUCAAAGAAUGCCUCGUUAUACCUUGUUUAUGAAAGAAUUAGUUAAAAACACUCCACCAUCUCAUCCAGAUUCGAAUCUAAUCAAGUACGCAGCCGAACAAAUCGAUAUUGUUACAAAGCAGAUUGAUCAAGUCUCUACUUCCGCUAAAUUACAGAAAAAGUUAUUUGAUUUACAGCAAAAGAUCUCAGAUCAGUUUACUUUCCUCGACAAACAACGCCAAUUACUUAGUGAAUACACAGUACAGGUUAUUGAGCGUUCAAAUGUCACAGGAACAAUAUUUUUCUUCGAUGAUAUCUUGAUGUUCAUCAAAGACGGCAGCAAAGGCCAGAAAAUUAUAUUUGAUGCGCCUAUAACUGCAUUUCCGUUCAUCCCUGGCAAGCCAAACGCUACUUCUAUCACUGUUGACGCAUCCGGAAAAGAAUACGCGAAAAGAAUGCUCAGAGACCAUCACGAAUACCAGGUUGACUUCCAAUCAGUUGAGAACUACGAGAAAUUCUUCGGAGAAUACGAAAAACAACUAACAAUGUUGAUGUUAAAAUCAAAUUGCAAGUUUGGAUUCAAAUGGACGGCCAACAAGGCUCAGGAGAGCUACCCAAUAGUUGGAAAACACCUUGCGAUCAGAAUUUCCGGAAGAAUUUACAUUUUUAGCGGUAAAGAUUAUAAUAAUAUUCAUUACCUCAGUAUCAGCUCUGAUUUCAAGUCCAGAGCUGUUACAAAUGAAGAAUGUCCACUUCCUGCCCUCAAAAGUCCUAAAAUUGUCUCAAUUGGCCACACAAUUUGCAUAAUUUCCACUGGAUUCCUUUAUGUCAUCGAUCCGCAUACACAUUCCGUCGAAGCAAAGAAGAUAACUGGAUUCUACACCCCAAGAACCGGCGAAUCCCUCAUUUCUUACGAUAAUUAUCUCUAUGUUUUCGGAGGACAAACGUCGACAACCAAGUUUGUCAAUGAUUUGGUCAUGAUUGAUCCAAACUCCGGAGCUUCCGAGCAGAUCAAUGCACAAAAUGCUCCUCCAGCUCGAUCAAACCACAAUGCAGUGGUUUUAGGCGAUAAAAUGUUCAUUAUCGGCGGUACAAACGAGAAAACAACAUUUACUGAUGUGUAUUUCUUCGAUUUGAAGGAUAGAAUUUGGACAAAAUUGGAUAUCAAUCUUCAUCAUUCGAGUAUUGAUUCGAUUUUUGCGAUCAACAACCACAUUGUCAUUCUUUCUGCUAAAGGAGAGAUCCAAAUGUACAAUAUCCGGUCAAAUGAAACACUUGCCGUUGAAAAUUUCGGAAAUAUCGCUAACAACUUACAAGGAUUCGGAUCCGUAAUGGCCAAGAGCAAUGAUGUUGUCCUGUUGACAUCUCCUAAGGACAAAAUUGUUUAUUCAGUUGAUUUCCCAGAUAUCCUCAAAGUCCAAAGCGGAACAAGGCAUUUAAAGGACUCCCAGGAGAUCAGCAAGGUCGCCAAACAGCGCGGAAAGCAUUUCAAGGAUGGUUCGUCCUCUUCAAGUUCAGGAUCUCGACCAAAACAUUUUGGUCAGACCGAUAUCGAUCUUUCCGAGGCCGCUGAUCACUUCGUUAAGGUCCAGAGUCCACUUAGAUCCCCAUCUUCCUCCAUUUUCGACAUCAAUCCUAACCCAGACAGACAAAUUGACAUGGAUGUUCCUUCCCAAGCUCCAGAACGCAAGAUUGACUUCAAGGAAGAAGAAGAGAAGCACGAAGAGCCACCAAAACAAGAGGAAACUCCUGCUCCGGUAGAAACUCCGAAAUCCGAAGAAAUUCCUGCAACAAGAACAGAAGAAAAACCGGAAUUAUUCCCUCCAUCGAUGAUAGAAACAAAGAACUCGUCAUCAGGAACUCUCGAAGAAGAACAUAAAUCCGAUAUAAAUCUUGAUGAAAACAAAGUUCAGAAUAUCGAGGUUCCUUCUGUUAAAAACGAUGAUGAAGAGCCAAAGAAGACUUCUAUCGUUACAACAGUCGUAAUUGGAGUUGCUGCUGCAGCUGCUGUUGGAGCUGCUUUGUACUUCACUUUCAGAAAGUUCAGCUAUCGUAACUAA